AUGGCUGCAAGACUCUCUCUGCUUCUACUCGCCGCGCUCAUGGCGUGCGCCGCUCACGCCACAACGGCCGCGAAGAUCUCGCAGAUGUACGUCUUCGGCGACGAGUCGGCGGACGUGGGAAACGCGAAUUACUUCAAGCAGGCGGCCGUGAAGGCCAACAAGCUGCCGUACGGCGUCAACUUCAAGCCCGCGUCGGGCCGCUUCUCCGACGGCAAGCUCGUCGUCGACUACCUCGCCGACUUCCUCGCGAUUCCCUCGCCGCGCGCCGAUCUCGCGCCCCGCAAUGCGUCGCUUCCUUUCAGUGGCCUCGACUUCGCCAUGGCUGCUGCUGGCGCGAAAUCCGGCACCAACGGCGGAAAGACGCGCGGGCUCCAGCAGCAGUUCAACGAGUUCAAGAAGUGGUUCAACGAGGCCAAGCGCACCAACAACCCCGACCUCAAGCUUGACGAGGCUCUGUUUGUGAUGAGCAUUGGCGCCAACGACUACAUUCCGGAGCUCAGCCGUGCACAGCCCAACAUGACGACCCUCGUCGCCCUCGCCUCGUCCGUUUCCAACAUCGUUAUAAACAUCACCCAGUCUCUCUACAACCUCACCGGCUCCUCCAACAUUCUUAUUGUUGACCUGCCAAAUCUCGGCUGCGCUCCUGUCGUGCGCCGUGCGGCUAAAACCGGAAUCAACUGCACGGACGCUGGUAACCAGGUUACCAUUAUCCACAAUUAUGCGCUGCUCACGAAGACGGACAAGCUGAGGAACAACCCGGCCCUGCCCAUGCCCAAGCUGCUGCUCUUCCGACAGUCUCAAACGCACCCGUGCUGCGGGGCCGUUACAAGCACGGGGGUGGUGGUGGCGUGUGCUCAGACCAUUGGUAACGGCAAGACAGCAGUCACGGGAGGUGCGUGUGCAGCGCCGGGCAAAGCCGUGUGGUGGGACGAUCACAACCCCACGCAGGCGGUGAACCAGAAGGUCGCCAACACCCUCUUCUUCUCCACCAACACCGCCAUGGUCCGCCCCAACGGCCUCCGCAAGUUCUACGCCCUCUAG